AUUGUAUGGAAUUAAAGCGCGGUAAAACUGAAAUGGAUGGCUCUGGGAUUUUAAAUUGUGAGUUGAUGAACCUUGUAAAGAAACGCGUAGCUUGCAGAGACAGAAUUGUUGAGCUAUAUGAUAGAUAUACUCAGGACACACUUAACAAAAUGAAAAGUAAUCAGAGUCUUAUAACUGCAAAUCACGAACAACGUUGUGAUACUUCAUGCCUCCCAUUGCUUGAUUUUUCACCGAGUGUUGUACGUAUAAAGGACAUAAUCGAGGUAUGUUCGUUCACCGAAUCGGCUAUCGUCUAGGAUGAGGAAUUGCUCGUUCGUCAAUUUAAAGCAUUGAACGAUUUUGAGUGUCAUAACGAUCGGUUGUCACCCUGAUGAACGGUUUAUCUAUAAUUUGCUGGCCUAUCGUGGUCGUCAAAAUCUGUUGGCAGACUUCUACCAUUCGGUAUGACCAACUAACGUACGCAUAGUUGAUGUGACACUACCCUAUCCAUCAGCAGCUACCAAGAUUACCGUAUACUUGUAUUUUCGUCUCAAAAAUGAUCGUGAAACUUAUGAGUUUGGUAUGCACAUAUCGUCACUUUGUACUUGCAACUUCACUGGACUUAAUAAAGUUAAAGAUAUCGAUCUCUUUCUUUUUCUGUAUUUGUGCAGUUUUAGUCUGCUUAAAGUAUGAGAAACUGUAUUGCUUCUACGAAACUGAGGAGGCAAAACAGGAUCAUGACUCAGCAAGUUUGCCCAGGAGUAUCAGCAGUAUUUAGGAUUUGAAGUCGGUAUUUCACGUGAUCACACUUCGUCGCGCUUAUCGUUUCUUUAUAAUCUUCCUUCCGUUCUCGCUUAAUUGGACUAAAUCGUUAGCGUUUUACGUGGUUAAGAUAUUCUGAAUAGUAUUUUUCACACUGGAAGUGCACAGUCAUAUGCUUUGAAAUAAAUUGGGUAAUCAAGAUCUCCGUAGGUGUGUAGUAGAGGGAAGUCUGCCACAUUACAGGUCUAAUCGAAUAAAUGACAUGAACUUUAAAUUUCUUGUCGUUUCGCCUACAGAUUUUCUGGUUAAGUACGCAGAAAUAACACUAGUUAACCAGUUGCAUUCGAAACAGUGGUUUGGCG